UGUUUCCCAGAUAGUCUUUCAGUGAAAACAAACACAUACAAAUCUAUUUGUCGUUUAAGAUUAACAUCUUCCACUCUGCGGCAGUUUCUUAAAGACUGAUAUGUUUUGGUUGGCAUACAGCAAUAGUGAUUGAAGAAUGAUGAGAGGAUUGUUGUUUAAGAAGAACGCCUAUAUUUUCCAUAGAGCGGGGGAAAUAACUUGAAUCGGGCCAGGAUGUAGGAUGGUUUUAUUUCACAAAACAAGUGCUGGACACAACCCAGCCCAGAGUCUUUGGCUGCAGAGCUUGAAUGUCAUGUUCAACAGUGGACUGUUGACUUUGUCAUGUUUCGUAACGCGACCGAACGGUCAAACUCAAUACCCCCAGGAAAACCAGGAAUUGUGGACAACGCUCACACUACUGAGUCACUCGUUGUCCGUGACAUCAGAUAGGCGUGUGCAAUUGCCCCUUCGCUAAACCCGGCGUCUAAAUGUUUCUGCAAUCAACCGCAGCACUCCCAGUGGAUAGCAACGGUCGUCGAGUUCAACACCUCGGAAAUGUUCAUGUUUAAAUCCCAUGAAAGCCAGUGAGGGCUAUAAAACAGUUUUGCUUUGACUUUUUUUUUUUGUUGCUUUGAUUGACUUCAGAGCCAUUCAGCUAGCUACACUGUUACAGAUUUUAACCAGGUUCCGGUGAAGCAAUUGUAAUGACAGUCCACCACAAGAUACCCAAGAGUUUCUUGAUCAGCCAGGGGUAGUUGUGUUGAAUUUAGAUGUAUGUGUAUUAGACACACCGUUUUUGAGAUCAUUGUGAAGGUAUUUCGCCAGCGGUUGAAUGGAAUUGGGCAUUCCGGGAAAAUGUUGUCGGAGGUUGCAACAGUAACUAAGGGGGGCUGGACUUAGCGAAGGUUCGAGCCCGAGGUCCGGCGUGCUAUUGACUGUGCUGCAAAAGCACAGACCAGGGUCUUUACAAUAUAGUUAAUAUACUGGCAAGUUUGUGUUAGUAGCCAACUAACGUUACCCGUGCGUACAAGCAACUGCUGUAAUGCUAUGCGGUUUGUAAGGCUGGCGACUGUGGCGUAGCUAACAAAUGAACAUAAAGUGUAACUUAAUUUAUUUAAAAAGUAAUUACUUUAUUACGUUGCUCAACAUUUUCUUGACAUUUGUCAUAAAAUACACUUUAUAGUAAAAGCAAUUUGUAUCCACUGUAGGUUUUCUCUUUAACUCUAAUCAAGAGCACCUGAUACUAAUAAUUACCUGGUUGAUAAGCUGAAUCAGGUUAGUUACAAGUGGGGUUGGAGUGAAAACCUACAGGAAGUUAGCUCUCAGGAACAGGGUUGGAGAGCCCUGGUUUAAAGUGACUAGUGAUCCAUGUAUUAAUGUGAUCAGUUACUGGGUCUCAAUGUAGGCAGCAGCCUCUCUGAGUUAGUGAUGGCUGUUUAGCAGUCUGAUGGCUUUGAGAUAGGGGCUGUUUUUCAGUCUCUCGGUCCCAGCUUUGAUGCAUCUGUACUGACCUCACCAUACGGAUGGUAGCGGUGUGAACAGGCAGUGGCUCGGGUGGUUGUUGUCCUUGAUUAAAAUGUUGUCCUUCCUAUGGCAUCGGGUGCUGUAGGCGUCAUGGAGGGCAGGUAGUUUGCCCCUGGUGAUCAAAUCAAAUCAAAUGUAUUUAUAUAGCCCUUUGUACAUCAGCUGAUAUCUCCAGAGUGCUGUACAGAAACCCAGCCUAAAACCCCAAACAGCAAGCAAUGCAGGUGUAGAAGCACGGUGGCUAGGAAAAACUCCCUAGAAUGGACAAAACCUAGGAAGAAACCUAGAGAGGAACCAGGCUAUGAGGGGUGGCCAGUCCUCUUCUGGCUGUGCCGGGUGGAGAUUAUAACAGAACAUGGCCAAGAUGUUAAAAUGUUCAUAAAUGACCAGCAUGGUCAAAUAAUAAUAAUCACAGUAGUUGUCGAGGGUGCAGCAAGUCAGCACCUAAGGAGUAAAAGUCAGUUGGCUUUUCAUAGCUGAUCAUUAAGAGUAUCUCUACCACUCCUGUUGUCUCUAGAGAGUUGAAAACAGCAGGUCUGGGACAGGUAGCAUGUCCGGUGAACAGGUCAGGAUUCCAUAGCCGCAGGCAGAACAGUUGAAACUGGAGCAGCAGCACGGCCAGGUGGACUGGGGACAGCAAGGAGUCAUCAUGCCAGGUAGUCCUGAGACAUGGUCCUAGGUCUCAGGUCCUCCGAGAUUGAGAAAGAAAAAGAGAAUUAGAGAGAGCAUACUUAAAUUCACACAGGACACCGGAUAAGACAGGAGAAGUACUCCAGAUAUAACAAACUGACCCUAUCCUCCCGACACAUAAACUACUGCAGCAUAAAUACUGGAGGCUGAGACAGGAGGGGUCAGGAGACACUGUGGCCCCAUCCGAUGAUACCUCCGGACAGGGCCAAACAGGAAGGAUAUAAACCCACCCACUUUGCCAAUGCAUAGCCCCCACACCACUAGAGGGAUAUCUUCAACCACCAACUUACCAUCCUGAGACAAGGCUGAGUAUUAGCCUGCAAAGAUCUCCGCCACGGCACAACCCAAGGGGGGGCGCCAACCCAGACAGGAAGAUCACAUCAGUGACUCAACCCACUCAAGUGACGCACCCCUCCUAGGGACGCCAUGAAAGAGCACCAGUAAGCCAGUAACUCAGCCCCUGUAAUCGGGUUAGAGGCAGAGAAUCCCAGUGGAAAGAGGGGAACCGGCCAGGCAGAGACAGCGAGGGAGGUUCGUUGCUCCAGAGCCUUUCCCAUUCACCUUCACACUCCUGGGCCAGACUACACUCAAUCCACUGAAGAGAUGAGUCUUCAGUAAAGACUUAACGGUUGAGACCGAGUCUGCGUCUCUCACAUGGGUUGGUAGACCAUUCCAUAAAAAUGGAGCUCUAUAGGAGAAAGCCCUGCCUCCAGCUGUUUGCUUAGAAAUUCUAGGGACAAUUAGGAGGCCUGCGUCUUGUGACCGUAUCGUACGUGUAGGUAUGUACGGCAGGACCAAAUCAGAAAGAUAGGUAGGAGCAAGCCCAUGUAAUGCUUUGUAGGUUAGCAGUAAAACCUUGAAAUCAGCCCUUGCCUUAACAGGAAGCCAGUGCAGGGAGGCUAGCACUGGAGUAACGUGAUCCAAUUUUUUGUUUAGUCAGGAUUCUAGUGGCCGUAUUUAGCACUAACUGAAGUUUAUUUAGUGCUUUAUCCGGGUAGCCGGAAAGUAGAGCAUUGUAGUAGUCUAACCUAGAAGUAAGAAAAUAAUUGAUUAAUUUUUCUGCAUCAUUUUUGGACAGAAAGUUUCUGAUUUUGGAGAAAAGUUGUCCUUGAAACAGUCUUGAUAUGUUCGUCAAAAGAGAGAUCAGGGUCCAGAGUAACGCCAAGGUCCUUUUAAAAGUUUAAAAGUAGAAAGUUUGCAGCCAUCCACUUCCUUAUGUCUGAAACACAGGCUUCUAGCGAGGGCAAUUUUGGGGCUUCACCAUGUUUCAUUGAAAUGUACAGCUGUGUGUCAUCCGCAUAGCAGUGAAAGUUAACAUUAGGUUUCCGAAUGACAUCCCCAAGAGGUAAAAUAUAUAGUGAAAACAAUAGUGGUCUUAAAACGGAACCUUGAGGAACACUGAAAUUUACAGUUGAUUUGUCAGAGGACAAACCAUUCACAGAGACAAACUGAUUUCUUUCCGACAGAUAAAAUCUAAACCAGGUCAGAACUUGUCCGUGUAGACCAAUUUGGGUUUCCAAUCUCUCCAAAAGAAUGUGGUGAUCGAUGGUAUCAAACUCAGCACUAAGGUCUAGGAGCACGAGGACAGAUACAGAGCCUCGGUCUGAUGCCAUUAAAAGGUAAUUUACCACAUUCACAAGUGCAGUCUCAGUACUAUGAUGGGGUCUAAAACCAGACAAAAGCAUUUCGUAUACAUUGUUUGUCUUCAGGAAGGCAGUGAGUUUCUGCGCAACAGCUUUUUCUAAAAAUUUUGAGAGGAAUGGAAGAUUCGAUAUAGGCUGAUUUCUGGGUCAAGGUUUGGCUUUUUCAAGAGAGGCUUGGUGAUGCGUUGUGCAGACCGCACAAACCUCUGGAGAGCCUUGCGGUUGAGGGCGGUGCAGUUUGCUGUGAUACAGCUUGACAGGAUGCUCUCGAUUGUGCAUCUGUAGAAGUUUGUCAGGGUUUGGGUGAUGAGACAAAUUUCUUCAGCCUUCUAAGGUUGAAGAUGCGCUGUUGUGCCUUCUUCACCACCCUGUCUGUGGAGGUGGACCAUUUCAGUUUGUCUGUGAUGUGUACGCCGAGGAACUUAAAACUUUCCACCUUCUUCACUGCUGUCCCUUCGAUGUGGAUAUGGGGGUGCUCCCUCUGCUGUUUCCUGAAGUCCACGAUCUUCUCUUUUGUUUUGUUGACGUUGAGUGAGAGGUUAUUUUCCUGACACCACACUCCGAGUGCUCUCACCUCCUCCCUGUAGGCUGUCUCGUCGUUGUUGGUAAUCAAGCAUACUACUGUUGUCGUCUGCAAACUUGAUGAUUGAGUUGGAAUCGUGCAUGGCCACGCAGUCGUGUGUGAACAGGGAGUACAGGAGGGGGCUGAACACGCACCCUUGUUGGGGCCCCUGUGUUGAGGUUCAGCGAAGUGGAGAUGUUGUUUCCUACCUUCACCACCUGUGGGGCGGCCCGUCAAAUUCCAGGACCCAAUUGCACAGGGUGGGGUUGAGACCCAGGACCUCCAGCUUGAUGAUGAGCUUGAAGGGUACUAUGGUAUUGAAUGCUGAGCUGUCAUCAAUGAACAGCAUUCUUACAUAGGUAUUCCUCUUGUCCAGAUGGGAUAGGGCAGUGUGCAGUGUGAAGGCGAUUGCAUCGUCUGUGGACCUGUUGGGGCAGUAUGCAAACUGAAGUGGGUCUAGGAUGGCCGGUAAGAUGGAGGUGAUAUGAUCCUUGACUAGUCUCUCAAUGCACUUCAUGAUGACAGAAGUGAGUGCUAGUCAUUUAGUUCACUUAUCUUUGCCUUCUUGGGUUCAGGAACAAUGCUGUGACUGUGGCCCUGUAUUAUCCUCAAAGCGGGCAAAGAAGGUGUUUAGUUUGUCUGGAAGCGUGAUGUCGGUGUCCGUCACUACAGACUGGGGUUCAAUCCCAGACUGUGUCACAGCUGGCCGGGAGUCCCGUAGGGCGGUGCACAAUUGGCCCAGCUUCGCCCGGUUUGGCCGGGGGUUUUUCUUGGCUCAAUGUGCUCUAGCAAAUCCUAACUUCAGUCAUCAGUUGAAUGGUUUUUCCUCCUACACAUUGAUGCGUCUGGCUUCCGGGUUAAGCGAGCAGGUUUUAAGAAGCACCGCGGCUUGGCGUGUCAUGUUUCAGAGGAUGCAUGACUCGACCUUAGCCUCUCCCGAGCCCGUUGGUGAGUUGCAGAAAUGAGACAAGAUCGUACCUACCAAUUGGAUAUCACAAGGAAAAAAAACAACCUAGUUUGUAUAAUUUUGUAUUAAUUAUUGUGUAGUUUGUAUAACUUCUUCGGCAUGAUAUACUCCUCUGUUUAUAUUCACAUUUACUAUCAGGCAGAAUACACAGGAAAAACGUGAACUUCUUUUCUUUUUCGGAUCUGCCUUGGAGUUUCCAGUUACUAUAUACACUUUCCACUUUCCGAGUUUUCCAAACCGUAGGAACAACUUUUGCCUUCAGAACAGCCUCAUUUCGACGGGCAAGGACACUACAAGAUGUCAAAAGCGUUCGACAGGGAUGCUGCUUCCCACAGUUCCGUCAAGUCGGAUGGAUGUCCUUUGGGUGGUGGACCAUUCUUGAUACACACAGGAAACUGUUGACUGAAAAAACCCAGGCUGGCAUCUACUACCAUACCCUGUUCAAAGGGAUGAACAGCAUGGCAACCUCCCACAUUCUCUUCAUCUGCCUUCUCCUCAUCCUAACAGUUGUGUCGCAGGAGCCGCCAACUUCUGAACAAGCCCUGCCCCAGAUCCGCCCCCAGAUCACUGGCUGUGUCUCCCAUGACAUGAACACGUUCCGCUGCAGAUGGAAUGUCGGAACAUUCCAGAACCUCACAGAGCCCAGAGACCUGCGGAUGUUCUACUACAUCAAUAACAAGAACAUAUCUCCCAAAGAGUGGAGUGAGUGUCCUAACUACAUGGCUGACAGGAUAGACGAGUGCUUCUUCAAUGAAAGCUACACGAAGGUCUGGAUAACCUACAGUGUCCAACUCCGCUCUGGAGAUCAGGAUAAUCUCUAUGACGAGGUCAUCUUCACUGUGGAAGACAUCGUGGAACCAGACCCUCCAAUAGCGCUGAACUGGACCCUGCUGAAUGUGGGUCUAACCGGGAGCCACUUUGACAUCAUGGUGAGCUGGGAGCCGCCACACUCUGCAGACGUGUCUACGGGCUGGAUGACGCUACAAUACGAGGUGCAGUACCGUGAGGUCAAUUCAACACUGUGGAGGAUGGUGAACCUUGAGAAGGGGAGGCAGCGGUCGCUGUACGGGCUGCGCACCAACACAGAUCACGAGGUCAGGGUGAGGUGCAAGACGCUGGCAUCCCGUAAUUUUGGGGAAUUCAGCGACCCCAUAGUCAUACACAUCCCCACUAAAGAGUCCCGAUUUCCAGCUACUGUCCUGCUUGUCUUUGCUGCCUUGGGUUUAGCAGUCAUCCUAUUACUGGUCAUCUAUUCCCAGCAACAGAAGUUGAUGUUGAUUCUCCUGCCUCCAAUUCCUGGUCCCAAAAUCAAAGGAAUCGACCCUGAGCUCUUCAAGAAAGGUAAGUUGGCUGAGCUGACCUCCAUCCUGGGCGACCACCCUGACCUGAGGCCAGAGCUGUACGGUGAAGACCCCUGGGUGGAGUUCAUCGAGCUGGACAUGGAGGAGCCCAACGACAGGCUGACUGAGCUGGACACACAGUGCUUGAUGGACCGCUCGCCCUCCUCAGACUGUCCCCCUCUCACCAUUGGCUUCGGAGAUGACGACUCUGGCCGGGCCAGCUGCUGUGACCCUGAUCUGCCUGAACCAGAGGCCUUCCCCUUCCAUCCCCUCCUCUCCAACACCAGCCCCAGCCUGGAGCCCUCUGGUGCCAGCACUGAGGCCAGCUCCCCAGUCCAGACCCCCACCACAGGGAUGACUCUCUGGGCUGUCCCUGGCAGGGAGGACCUCUAUACCCAGGUGAGCGAGGUGAGACCCACUGGCGAAGUGCUGCUGAUGCCUGAGGAGCAGAGCAAGGUUGAGAAGGAUGCAGAGGAGAAGGCUAAGGAGGGAAAGGAGAAAGAGAAGCAGAGGAAGGAGUUUCAGCUACUGGUGGUGAAUGCUGACGGGGGAGGUUACACCACAGAGUUAGACGCUGGGAAGAUGAGUGCCAAACUCCCCACUUUGAGAGGCAGCCAGCCUGCUCCAACAGAGGAUAGUAGGCUUGUGCAGGGACAGCCCUUUGGGGAGUACCAGAGCCUGUACUUUGAGGCUGAAAUGCCCCCCAUCCCACCUGCCUCGCCCGUCUCCCCACUGCUCCCUCUCUCUGUCUACACCAUGGUGGAGGGUGUGGACAGGCAGAACAGCCUCCUUCUGAAGCCCAGCCCCCCACCUGCACCCCAGCCAGUCCUAACCAAGCUGCCCCUUCCUACACCUACACCAGAGGGGUACCUGACCCCUGACCUACUGGGAAAUAUUACACCAUAACUCAGAGGUGUAGAGACUAUGCUAUUGCACACAGAUCAGAGGUGGCAUUGGAAUUCAGUGACUAUAAAUCAAAGAGUAGGUUGCCAAAUGGUAUACCUCCAAAAAUGAGGGGGGUUCCCCUGCCUGCCCCACCUCUUAUCAUUCCUUCUCCCAACAUGACCGCUACAGACAUUUUGAGGUUUGGUAAGAAGGAUGGGGAGGUCAGGAGAGGGGUUUGUUCUUCAAGGUCUGAACUGAUGUGCCACACCUGUCUGCUAACACCUUAACUGUGAAAACAAAGGAUAUAGAAGGACAAGAAGGGAUUAUGGUCUCUCAUAGGAGCUGGCCGUAUGAAAUAUCUUAACAUAUUACUAAUAUUUUUGAAGAACAUUAUCUAUAAGUGACUUUAAUUGCCAACACAAGAUACAUAUAGUUAAAUUAGUGGUGUUGAUAACAAUCAUUUACAAUAAUCCCAAUUAUUGGUUCUUACAACUGAAAAGUAUUUACAGAUCGGAAUAUUGUCAAAAGGGAAACAUUUGGUAAACAAGUGGGAAUACACCAUCUGUGUUCUGCCGAUUGACUUUGGCUUCUCAACCAGUCUAUAAGAGUAGGUCAUUGUGUUGUUUUUCCAUAUAUACACAAAUGUGUUUUAUCAAAAAUUAUAUAUAUUUUUUCUGCUUACUAUGAUGUACGCUUACAAAAAGGGGACUAUGAAAUAAGUGUCAGAUGAUCUUUCUGGGGAACUGGAAAUGGUAAUGGUCCUUCACUGUACAGAUAUAAUGUUAUAAAUAAACAUAUUUCACAUUAAAA